UUCAUUUGUAUAGUUUUACGGGUAAAUUCGUUUCCGCUGCGCUGCGAUGUCGAGAUAAAGACGAUAGUUUUUUGUGUGUUCCUUCUAAAGUUUGCGUCAAGGCAAACUAGUGAUUAAACAAUGAACGCAAAAAUUAGUGAACGGCUGCGAUUAGCUGCUACUGCUUCAGGACUGCUGCUCUUGCUGGUAAUUAUUCAAUUGGGCCAAGCACAGCGGAUCCUUGGUGACCGUGUGUACGAUCGCUCUAUCUCCAACCUUUAUUUCACGGUCAACGCGCGCUAUCAAACGCUAGAGCUGACUUGGCGAAAUUUUGACGACCCGAACGGAUUCAUUGUGUUGACGAAAGAUUUCCCCAUCAGCGGCUUCCAGCGGAAACUAAAACACAAGAAACGAUCAUUAGGACAUCUAUUGCAGCAGCUUUUGAACCCUCUCCCCAUUAUUAUGCCCGUCCCCCCUGACAUGUCUUUCAUAUCCUUCGUUCCGCACAAGCUCAUGUUCAAUAGAGAAAUAAUCACACGACAGACGGAUAUAGAAUGGGAGUAUGACGCUCGCGACGAGUACGGCCAACGAAAGAAGAAGGUGCUGUUCGCUUAUAAGCCGACACACACGAAUGGAUGGACCAAGACGGGUAUAUUUUUCAAUCGAGAUCGGAUGGAUCUGAGGGUCAACAUCACCACCUCCUGCUACGGCUAUUAUGCAUACUUCAUUAGCGAACACGGUUCCAUCCGUUCGGAGUACUGCAUGAAGCUGUACCCGACGUGGAUGAACGAUCUCCGAUCGCAUCUUGGACAGUUUCGAAUGCGGGACCUGUUCCUGCCGGGAACACACGAUUCGGCCGCUUACAUAAAGAAUUUCAUCUACCAACCUAUGGAUGAUGUCCCCACCAAGUACACGUUCACUCAGGAUGAUGAUAUUCGACAGCAGUUGCUGUUGGGAGUUCGGUACAUCGAUCUACGGGUCGGUUACUACCAAUCGGAUCCCUCGAAUCAAUUUUGGGCGAAUCAUGGAAUUGCAAAAUGUCAUCCUUUGAUGCCCAUUCUGCGUCAGGUUCGGGAUUACGCAAUGGAAACGAAGGAGAUUAUCGUGCUGGAUGUGCAGGAAUUUCCGGUUGGAUUUGGGAAGGACUACACGAUUCACGACAAGUUGAUAAACCUGUUGAACGAUUCCCUAGCCGAAGUGAUGGCUGAUUCGAUCUACGGUUGGGGUCAAUCGCUGGAGAAAAUUUGGGCUCGGAAUAAAACCGUCAUCGUAUGCUAUGAUCAUGAGUACGGACUGAGAACUUAUCCGCACUUGCUGUGGCCAGCGACCGAACAUAAAUGGGGCGAAGUCCGGAGUAUGGAGGCUCUCAAAAGUUAUCUUUUUCGGAUGCACAAGCUACCUGAGUAUUCGAGCCGACCGGUUACCGAUAUGGCCGAGCUGACACCAGAUCCGGUGGGUAUAGUCAUGGACCACUACGGAGGACUACGGAAGAUGGCAGACUCGGUCAAUCGGUUCGUGACUGAGUGGUACUUUGAGGAACUGGGCCCGACGACCAAUAUUGUGGCGGUGGAUUUCGUUCGCGGGACCAACAUAGUUGAUGCUGCCAUCUAUUGGAAUCUGAAGCGGGCUUUUUACAGACCGAAAAAAUGAAUCUUACAUUGGACGUAAACUGGGAUGCACAUAAAUUAAUG